AACGCAGUCAGUGCCACAUCUGUACAUAAUAUUAUCCCUCACCAUGUCACUUUAGAGAGUAAAACACUCUACUACAGCCAUCCUGCUCCGAAACGAAGACUUCACAAUGGCAGGCGAGGAGGAGAGGGGGGUUGUACGAGUCAAAGUCAAGAAAUGUGAUGGAGCGCUUCCUGUGGAGUUUCGCUCCUUUGCUGUAGAUCCUCAGAUAACGUCGCUGGAGGUCCUACAGCAUAUACUCAUCAGAGCCUUUGACUUGAAUGGGAAGCGGAAUUUUGGGAUCAGUUACCUGUCUCGGGAUCGGAGUGGUGCUGAAAUGUAUCUGUCUCUGCUGUCUGACUGGGAUUUGGAUGUCGCGUUUGUCAGCGCGGCCAAACCCUAUCUCCAGCUUAAGAUGGACAUCAAACCUUCAGAAGAUAGUCCUGUUAUGGAGGACUGGGACAUCAUAAGCCCCAAAGAUGUAAUUGGCUCGGAGCAGCUUCCAGGGGAGAAGACAAGGUCCUUGGCAUCUGCUGCUCUUCCAUUCACCCAGUCCCUACUGUCCCAGGUUACUGAUGACCUUCCUCAUCCAGUCAGCCUUCUCUUUUACCCGCCUCUCACUGCAGCCUUGAGUCAGAUGGGCCGGACCCUUUCCAGAGUCCAGCAGGCUUUCAGCUGGUCUUACGGGGAGGAGAUCAAGCCUUUCAAACCCCCGUUGAGUGAUGCUGAGUUUCAUAGUUACCUCAAUGGACAGGGCCAGCUGACUCGGCCUGAGGAACUAAGGUUACGAAUCUACCACGGUGGUGUGGAGCCUUCUUUACGUAAGGUUGUUUGGCGAUACCUCCUUAACGUCUACCCCGACGGCCUGAGCGGCCAGGAGAGGAUGGACUACAUGAAGAGGAAGACCAGGGAAUAUGACCAGCUGAAGAGGGAGUGGACUGCGAGAGUCAGCCCGGAGGACCUGGAAUUCAUUCGUGGUAAUGUUUUGAAAGACGUCCUGAGGACGGACCGGGCCCAUCCUUACUAUGCUGGCUCAGAGGACGGCCCCCACCUCACUGCCCUCACUGACCUGCUGACCACUUUUGCCAUCACACAUCCACAGAUAUCAUACUGUCAGGGCAUGAGUGACAUCGCCUCCCCAAUACUCGCAGUAAUGGACAACGAGGCUCAUGCUUUCAUUUGCUUUUGUGGCAUUAUGAAGCGGCUGGAGGGGAACUUCCGGCCCGAUGGGCAGCUCAUGUCUGUUAAGUUCCAGCAUCUUAAGCUGCUUCUGCAGUACUCAGAUCCUGAAUUCUACUCCUAUCUGGUUUCCCGUGGAGCUGACGACCUUUUCUUCUGUUACCGCUGGCUGCUUCUGGAACUUAAGCGAGAGUUUGCCUUUGAUGAUGCGCUAAGGAUGCUUGAGGUGACGUGGAGCUCCCUGCCUCCAGAUCCCCCUGAAACAGAGGUGGAGCUUCUGGGGCCACCACAAGAGACAGAUGAUGCUUUGUCCAGCACGGACAAGGACACAGUGGUGGAGAACUGCCUGGGAGACGAUAACGACCAAAAAGAGAGGCAGCGCAGGCGCCACAUGCUGAGGCCUUCAAGAGAGGAAUCCGAUGUCGGAAGGAAGCCUGGCAUAGAAGAAAGGGACAGGCAGAACACUGGAGAUGGUAAGGAAGGCGACAGGAAUUGCGAUAUCCCCUGUGUGGCACAGGAAAAAGUGGCUUCGCCUGUUCCUCCUUUUGAGAAGCAAACUAGUUUUGGUGAAUUUAAAUACUACACUGCCCGAAAUGAAGACAGCUUCGAUAUGGAGGACACUGAGCCGCCCCAUGAAUUCAUGGCUUCACAGCCUAUGUCAGUAACCCCAAGUCGCCAGUCCACAGUGGAGAGUGAGGAGGACCCAGGAGAGAGAGCGCCACUCAUAAAAGCUACUGACAACGGUUCCUCUCCUGUGACUGAUGAGAGGAAGUCCCCUAAUGGGCACACAAUAUCAUCAUCCUCACUGUUGCCUAGUGGCCAAUCAAACUGGAAAACCAGCGCUUCUCUUUCUCCUACAUCUUCUGCUUCACCCUCCAGCUGGCCAGGUGCUUCUCCAGACUCUCCCUCUCCAAAAUCCACAUCCCCGACUACAACCAAUGGAAGGGGUGCCUUACCAGGAACAGUCCCAAGGCUCUUGACUUCCUCUGCCCAGGUGCUCAGUAGCACUUGCACCGACACGCCCACUUCACCCACUGUGAAAUCAUCUGUUGCCUCUCCCUCCCACGCACAGAAUCGAUCUCUGCUCUCUUCACCCAUUUUGUCCUUUGGAAGAGGCUCCUCGUUGCCGGGUGGCAGGCCAUUCUCCAACAAUCUCCCUUCUCCUGGCAACAAGUCCCCCAGCACCACAGCCAACACCCCCAAUUCCACCAAGGCAGAGAACACCAGCAUCAAACCAUGCUCUCUACCGCCGCCUCAAGAAUUUGGCAAAGGGAACCCCUUCAUGCUGUUCUUGUGCCUGUCCAUCCUGCUGGAGCAUCGGGACCACAUCAUCAAGAACAGCUUGGAUUACAAUGAGCUGGCCAUGCACUUUGAUCGCCUUGUGCGGCGCCACAACCUCAGCAGGGUGCUGCAGCGAGCCAAGGCGCUGUUUGCAGACUACUUGCAGAGUGAGGUGUGGGACUCUGAAGAGGGAGAUGAGGUUAGCUCGGACUCCCCAACUACAGCCACCGCUGCUCCACACUCCCCCUCUUCAACCGUCUCUGCCAGGCCCAUUUUCACACCUUUAGCAUCCCCUCAGCCUUCAUCUCCAAAUUCAACCUAUAACCUUGCAACCACAAUUCCCUCCCCAACAGCUGAAGUCUCCAUCUCCCCCUCUUCCUGAUUUCCUUCUGUCAUUGACCACCCAUCCCAACUAGACUAUUUGUGGCCUGUUGGAGGUUUUUAUCUGUUUUUGAUAGCCUCCCCCAUUGAAAUGGGCUAUUACUAAUGAUACUCUUCUUAUUCUAUGUAUGCUCCAAAACAUACUCUAUAUUCCUUAUGCCUGUAGUCAUCCUGUUUGAUUUUUUUCAUUAACAUUUCUGACUGUAGUCUUUUUUACUUUCAGAGAUGAUCAUCCUUAAAAGUACGCACAUAUGAAAAUUUUCUGUCAGUCUGUAGUUGAGAAAGGGAUGAAAUGAUUGAAAGAAGAAUCUCACAGGGUGUUUAUCAGAGCGGUGGGAACGGUUCUCCUGGUUCAUUUGAUUAUAAUUUCUCAUGGUAUUUCCUGAGGUUUGUUUACAAAAUGACAUGUGAACCCUGUGAUAGAUAGGUGUUUUGAUAGCCAUUUAGUGCAUUUAGCCUUUGUUGCCCUCUUCAUUUACUUUGUUUACAAGUGGAUGUUAUUUCAAGUAAGUCACAAAAGUGUCUUAACUGAAGAGCUCCAGUUAUGUUACAGCUGAAAACGUAAAGGAAAAAUCCACCCUCUGCUAAGCAUAAACCAAGUCAAGUUAUUUCUAUAACCAUGUCUCAAAGGACUUUACAGAGAACAUGCCCACAAAAAAACAUGGAAACAGAACAAAGCACAAGAUACAAAAUAACAUUUUGAAAAGGAAAAAACCAAGCCUGGCUUAAAGGACCAUACAGUGAUUUUGCAUCUUGAGCUUAAUGUCUACUGCCCGGGAAACAUUAUAAAACCUUAUUUGAUUAAAAAAAAAAAAAUGAAGGGCAGGGCAUUUCAAAGCCAGCUGAUCACACUUAACAUGGGAUAACGAUAAAUAGUGCAAUACUAUAGACAAUGACAUUGCAAUUUAGAAAGCGAAUAACACUAAAUGAAUCUACAAGAAACUCCUUGAGGCCAGAAGUUGCUUUGCACUGUGAAAUAUCAAUUUAGGACACACAUAUAUUCUGGCAGUUAAGUGUUUUUCUACCCAACUUGAUAGUGGCUUCCUACAUUUCCCAGAAUUCCUUUUGACAAUCUCCCAAAGAAGGGGCAUAAACUUGGUGCUUUGAAUCAAAAGGGGUGUGUGGCCAAAGAAAUUUAGGCAACUAGCCAAUUAGUUUGUGAAAUUUGUGAUGUUUUGUGAUUGCAGCCCUUAGUCAGUGUCACGUGUCUUAUGGCUGCCUCUUCCACAAUGGAUUUCUUCCUGUAUGAUUAUUGAAUGCCUGUGCAAAAUGAUGGGUCGAGGUGGGUACAGAGCCCUCGCUCUCUGAUACUGAACAACUGACUAAAACCAGAUCUUUGCUGCUGACGAUUUAGGUGCUUCAAAACUAUUUUGCUGUCAAACUGCGUGAGAAAUAUUUAUCAGUCAGAAUAAGAAAAAUACACCAAAAACAACAAAAAGGGCCUAGAAAUGCAAGAUGCAUUAUCAGUAGCUCUUACCAGUGUUGAAAUGUUUUAGGGUGGAUUUUUCCUUUAACACUUCCAAAGUGGCAUAGCAUCUGGACUUCAUUGCAUAGUUGGACAAACAUACAGGGAGAGAAAUCUCAACCAGAAAAAAAAAGUUUUCAUGGGUUAAAAAUACAUUCUACCAUUCGUAAAUUCUCAUCCAAACAGCAUAUUCUUAUGAUUUGUAUGUGUAAUCAUUUGUCCUUUCAGUUAUGUCAGAUUUGACCUAUUAUCCUGUCAGUAGUCUAAGAAACAGUAAGAAAAGUUAUGUUUAAUGUUAACUAGUAUUACAUAGUGAGUGAGCAGGUUAGUUUAAAACAGAAGUGUAAGUUAUGGUUCUUUCAAGAGGCAGUAUCAACAAGCUUCUUGAGACUGGCCUUUGAAGCUCCACUCCAGCUGAGAGGUGUAGUUUGACACAAUAUCUUGCAGAGUGAAACCUUAGCUGGUCUGAAGCUCCCUGAAAAUCAUGGCCCUUUUGCACACUGCACGGAUUAAAUCAAGAGACACAAAUGUUCAAGGACAGUAACAGCAAGAGAGACGGAAAAAUGCACAACAAAGGGCCCAGGCACAUUGGAACAUCAGAGUUUGUGUGUGUGUGUGUGUGUGUGUGUGUGUGUGUGUUGUGGCAGCAUAAACCUGGAAAGCUCUUGUUCUCUCAUCAGUAAUGAAGUGUUAUAUUUGCACUUAGCAAUGUCAGUCUCGAGUAGAAGCUUAACAUUGUUGCUGAGCAACAUAUGCACCGGUACGAGAGGUGGUUUUAGGUUAAUGCAUGACUUUUCAUCCGUUAUACAUUCACAGGUGUGUUUAGAUGUUGUUCAAGUACAUCAUUAUAAUUAACUGUUACACAGUCAUAAGUGUAUUUGGUGGGUAUUCUACAAUGGCUUUGAAUGGGGCUCAACCAGUUACGACUGAAUCAGUUAACUGAGACAAAUGUCACUUUUUCUUCUCAUUUUCAGUAAUUUAUUAAAUACAAUAUGAAAUUUCACAUGUGGCAGGAAUAGCUAACAGGGCUUUCUGAAGCAUCAAAACCAAAUGUAUCCCUUGUGUUAGACAGCUACUACGUACACCAGUCUUUGCAUAUCUGGCUCCGUGUGGUGGAGUUAAUCAAUGCCUGUGGUUGUCCACUUUUCCCACAAAAACCAGCCGAUGAUGUUUUCAUUACUGAAGACGUCACAUGAGAAAAAUCAAUACAGCUUAUUUAGAUUUGCCUGCAGUCUUAACUCCAGGAGGAGACUCACAUAAAUUUCCAGUUUCGGGUGGCUUUGACAUUUCACUGAAACAUUUUCAAACUUGCUGUUGGUAUAUGACGUCUCAAGCUUCAUAUGUCACUUCUACAUGGUUCGAUAUUGAACAUUGCCUGGCAUAUUGUUUUAAAAUGCAGAGUCUGAGAAGAAUAUAUAUGAAGCAACAGUCCAGCCUCAGCUCUUUGGGAUAAUAAAUAGUGAUACAUAAGUCAUUUCCUUUUAAUUAGCAAAAAAAUCUUGAGUUAUUUUCAAAGUUAGUUUAGCAAUUGAUAAAUUCUGUCUGGAAACAUGGCCCAGGGCCUUUUUUUUUUUUUUUUUUUUUUUUAUUUAAGUUAUAUAUUUUCUUCUGACUGUGUUACAGCAGGAAGAUACUUGUUGGCAGGACUACUUGAAAUCAGUGCAGGAUUUCUCUGCAUUGUACACUGUACUGCUUAUGUGCGUCCUGGACUCCUAUCAUAGUGAAGUAUGCUAUUUAUUGCUUUUGGUAUGUCUUAAACAGGUGAUGAACUUAGCACUCCGGUUAUCGCCGCUUUCCAAAGACAUUUCCGUGUUCCACUCUGCUGAAUUUUAGGUUUAAAAAAAGAAAAUUAAAAAAAGAAAAAAAAAAAAACAUUCCCAAAGAAACCGUGAACAUAUUUGUGCUGUAGCCGUCUGGGCUGUACGAUAACUAGAUGUUAGAGAGGCUUGUGUAAUGCUCCCAUGCCGAGGCAUCACAAAACGAAAAGCCUUCAUGUUCGCUUUGUGUGGUUGCUGAUGUGUUUUUUCAGGCCGGUUGCUCAUACACCGUGAACGCUUUCAUAUUCACGGUCAGCUCCACCAGUGCUUGUCAGGUUACUGAAACGGCUGAACGUGACGCGAUACCACACCGCGUGGAAAACAACAGCAUCAGCCUUUCGAGCAACUUUUUGGCAGAGAAGUGCCUCAUUAUCACCAGUUGUGAAUCAGUAGCAUUGAUUUAUAUUUUCUUCUGGUGUGCGUAACAUUUCUGUUUUUUUUGUUUUUUUUCUUUUUGUUUUUACUUUGUGCCAUUAUAAAGGGUGUUUCAAAUAUAGGUAUACGUUUUUAUUUGCCAGCGCAGGACUGUGCACAGAUGAAAUCAUGACAGGCAACAGUAUGAACAGACCUUUCCUGGUUAUUAGUGUGCUAGAGGUGUAAAAUUUAUGCUUUAAUUGAAUGUUUUGAUUUUUGAAUCAUGUUAAAUGAUUAAGUAAAAAGGAUCAAAAUUAUUAUUGCUAAAAAUGGCUGACCUAUAUUUGAGACACCUUGUAGUCUAUAAUCCAGAAUAAUUGCUGUUGCAGGAUCAAAGUAAUUCCUUUGGGGCUUUAAUGAUCAAGACACCAGAGCCAUUAUGUCCAUUUGAUUAUCUGAUGUUUCAGGAAAGUGUUUGUUAGUAUUCCCGAAUGUAGCGAUGUAAUCAUGUUCAAAUUCUCUUUUUUUUCUU